AUGGGGCCCGGCUCUUCAAAAACGUACACAUCUGGUAGACAGUGUGCUGCGGAUCUGUUGACCAAAAUGAUUGAAAACGGUCCAGGAGAAUUCGAUUUCAAUAGGGCACAGCUAAAGGAAGUCCUCCGCAUGGGUGCUGGUAUAUUCCUUGAAGAAUCACUGUUAGAGAUUUCUUUACCUUACAUAGUGUACGGAGACACGCACGGUCAAUAUUCUGAUCUUCUACGGUGGUUCAAUCUGAACGGAUGGCCCCACGAAACCCGGUAUAAUCCCUUCUUUGAUUGGUUACUCUAA